GGACACGUGUCAACGAGGUGCCUCGUUGAACAGUCACCCACGCUUUCCUUCCACGCUUAUUGUUUCUCUUACGCCAUGCCGCAUGAAUCUUGAUUUUUUCGCUCUCCGCGCCUCGUAAUCUCCGUUUUUUACGCCACGACAACUACGACGCGGCCGCUUUGACUUUAUUUUUGAUGUUGCCCACCUCGCGGACACCGAUCCGUGGCUAAACGUGUGGCCGCCGCGAAAUUUCAUGUCGGUUCACGUGUCGAUCGUUUGUGUUACGAGGUUUGUUUAAUCGGAAACGUGCAUGCAGAAGAGAUUUGUUGGAACACGAUUUCAACGGAAACGUAAUACCAGCACCGCUGCUACAGUAUACAAUACUUAUUCCGUUUUAAACCAUGCAGUAUGCAAUUUUAAACCAUCUACGUUACUGUUUUUAUAGUGGUUUUAUCAAACAACAUUUCACGAAACUGUGAAACUACGUGAAUUCAAAGUGAUCGUAAGAAGAAACUUUCUUUUUGAAGAGUUCUAAAGAAUUAAAAUUAUAAUCAUCGAAAUACAGAACAGAAGAAAAGAAAUGGAAGCUACUGAGUGGAAUAUUAUUGGGAAAAGUGACACAAAUAAUCGAAAUGAAUGCCUGAAAGAAAUAACGAAGAUGUUCGAGAAUUAAAGAGAAAGAAAGCAAAGAAGUUGAAACCUUUCAGGAAGCUUCUCAUUGAUUCCUAUAAAAGUAAAUCUCGAACCAAUCAGAACAACUACGUAAAUGAAUGUCUAAAGAUUUAAUACAAAUGUCACUGUAAAUUUCACGUCUAAUGAAAUAUCGAUAAUUUCUUUGUAAGAAAACAUUAUUCAUUCAGUAAAUAUUAAGAAUAUUCGGAAAACUGACAAGUACAUAAUUAGAUAUUAGUUUUAUCAAAACUUUUCUGUGCCAUCUGAAAACGUCAGCUCUGAAUAUAUAACGAAUGCAAUAUGGUAACGCACUAAGCAAAGUAAUUAAGUCGGACCACAAAGGAGAAGUAGACCGUUACGUCUACCAAAUAGGAACUCCAGGUAUUCAAAGGAUUGAACAAAAUGGCGAGUCGAAUGAAAGCGUUAUACAAUCAGGUAAUCUUCGAGAGGCGAAUUCUUCUUGGUUGUACUGUUCUCGUUGGCCUGUCAGUGUGCAUAUGGUCGAUUGCCAUUGGAACCGAUCACUGGUUCACAGUCGAAGCACCGGAUGAAGGAGGUUUACCCCUCGGGGAUCCAAGCAAAGGUAGACGAUUAAUCUACAAGCAUAUGGGUCUCUGGAGAGGUUGUGUGGAAGGGACCAUGCCACAUUCAGAAAACUCCACCGAAAUGAUCCCCUAUAAGGAGUGCAAGAAUCAGGACAUGUUCCCGACCGAGAAGCAGUUCAAGUUGAACCCGGGAUUAAACACCGUAGUCAAUUAUUCGAGGACACAGGCAUCGUUCGCGAUUAUCAGCCUAUUCGUAAUGAUGAUGGGCUUUUCUUUCUCGAUCUACACGUUUCGUAAUCCACGAUAUAUGUUCAAACGAUUGGCUGGUGGAAUACAUUUCAUUAGUGCCGCUUGUAACAUGGUGGUGAUACAAGUACUUCUGUCCUCGAUCGAGUUCGAAAGCAAACAUGUACACACGACAUUUCCAAAGGGCGCAACCAUGAGGUACGACUUUUCUCUGAUUCUGGCCUGGAUAGUAUUUCUCUGCAACCUGUUCGCGGGUUGUGCCUUUAUAGUGUUCUCCAGGAAGCGAAAGAGGGACAAGGCACCGACGGAAGAAAUUGCGAUGGCUGAUGAACCGACCAUAAUCGGUCGUUGAUUCGUCUUCGAUUAUUUCCUAAUAAUUGAUAAAUUCGUCGUACGUUAUUGGAGACUGUCGCCUGUGCGUGAUUCAUGGAGUGAAUUCGAUGAAAGUAAAAGACGCGAACGUACUACAUAUCGUGCGCAAGCUCGUAGCUGUAUGUGUGUUAAGAAAACGUUUUAAGAAAAUGGAUAAAGUGCUGAAUGGAUUUUGUGACGAAAAGAAGAAGAAAUUGGAUAUCGGUGCAUUUGUAUGGUAAUUUUAAUUCUGAUUAUCUUUAUGGUUAAAUAACUAACUUUCGCAUACAUUUCUCUAUCCAGUUCGUCAACAUUGUUAACGUUAUUGUUAAAAGACAGAACGUAAAUGUACUUCGAUAUUCAAUUUUCCAUCUCCCCCAGGUGGUUGGAUUAAUCGAUGCUAUUGCAUCGAUACUCUAAGAGAAAAAUAUAUUGAACAUUUCGUAAACAGGAUAGAAAUAAUUUAUUGACAACAGAUACUAUUUUUCUAUCAUAUCGGAAUAUGGAAGUUCAGAAUAUUGGGACCAUUUAACAGAAAUUGAAAUAUCCCUCGUCGAAUAUCUGCCGAAACGAGCGUAAUAAAUUUAACGUAAAUAAAAAUUCUAAAAGCAACUUGUUUGCAAGGCGUUGAUAUUAAAACUCGGCCCGAAGCAAAACUUUCAAUGGACGAUUGCAUGCGUAUUUGAAUAAAUGGUAACUGAGUACGAAAAUAAGAUAUUAUAUACAACAAUCAAAUUCUGAGAUAACCACCAAACUAUUUAUUUUUUUACACGAAAGUGUAUAUUUUUCUACCUUCUUCAACAAUAUACUCGUGAACUUUAAAGACUAGAGAUAUAGUAAACGAGAAAAUAUUUUGAAUCUUCUCGACGUAAUUUGCAAUAUGUAUAUGUAACAAUGUUGAAAAGACAAUAUUUCUCUAUAAAUAGAUAUUCGAUAUUCUAGGUGAAACUCGGUGUCGAAAUUAUGCCCAAAGAAGAAGAUAGAUAUUUAGAAAUAGGAAUGCCGAAACAAUUAGUAGUUACCCAUAUUCUCUGUACAAUCUAUCAAGUCUAGAAACUAUUUUGGAAUAACCUUAUACCAUAAGUGAAAGCUAUUGUAUUAAUUAAACUCAGAGAACAACGUUCAAUUAUGAAACUUCACGAACCAGCAAUUUUGGGGGAGUUAGGAAUGGAAUUAUUUCGAGAUACACGAGAAUAUUACAAGUUCUUGGAUAGAAUGGAGUUAUUGUUAGUUACGCGAAUUAAAACAAGUUUAAUUAGCAAUUGACUAAUUGCUAAUAAGCGCGAUAUAUUCGUAUGUAAUAUACGUAUAAUUUUGAAAAUCUUGAUGUUUAACAGAAGGAAGAGUGUUGCUUACUUUUGCCAAGGUCCAUAAUUUCAUUACGCGUCUAAAAAAUAAUUUAUGUACUUAAAAAGCUUACGCUCAAGUUAUUUAAUUAUUAUUACAUAACAUUAGCUAUUUAAUUAAGCAAUGAUAAUUAAAUUAUUUUUUAUCAAAAGCAAGCAAUUAAGAUGCGUAAAAGACUUAAGGACCUGUGCAAAGUUGCGAUGAUUAUUAGGUAAUUUUACGAUUCUAGUCAUCAAAGAUGCAAUUGUACAAUGACUAAGCGAAUGAAAUAUUUGCACAAAAGUAUACUUAAUAUCAAGAUAUUCCGCUACUUCGAAUGAUUAUUUAUUAAGUACCACGAUGCUAGUCGAUAGAGAUUUAAUAUUCAAUCGUACAACUUUUACAUUAAGAUUUAUCUUAACACUCGUUAAGGGCACGUUAAUCAAAGUUCAAAGACAUGAUUCUUCAUGUAAAAGAUUAUAGAAGAUUAACUCUAUGUGAAUAAUAUCAUGUCCAAUUUUAUCUCUCGAUAAAUUGAGAAUGGUGCAAGCGAAAUAUUAUCGAACUGUAAAUUGUUUCUCUACUUACUUACUCGUACAAAGUGUUCGUGUUUCAAGCAUAAAUUUUUCGAAACGAGAUAUCUGCUUUUUGCACUAUUCUCAUUUUCAAGCGUUCGAUUACAGGAAGUUUCAGUAACUUUCUGGGAUCCUGAGAAUCGCGAUUUCUACGACGAUGAUUCCUCGUCAUCUUAUUCAUGGCAUAAAUCCAUACGCACAUUUGAGAACUCGCGAGUAAGUAUUACUUAAACGAGUCUUUUUACGUCUGCAUAAAAGGUGAAUUUGUGCCAUCGAUAUCACUUAUAUUAUAUACUGUAUCGCUCUUUGUGGUUGUUUGAACUUUAAGAAUUUUAUUGUCCUCCGUACAAAAGAUUAUGAAAAUUAAAGUUCGCUAAUUAAAAUUCUGGUUCUAAUUUCACAACAAAUAUACUAAUUGUUCAUCGUAACAAUUAAAAAGGAACGUACAAAUACAUAUAUAUAUAUAUACACAUAGUGCCAGUAUAACUCGAGAAAUGAAAUACGAAUUAUAGUAAAUUAAUGUAAAAUAACGAGUACGUGAUUUUACAAUUUGUUUUAACUUACAAAACUAGCGCAGUCUUGUUAUCGUUUAAAGUUCUUAUACUAUUUGAAGAACAGAUUGAUUGCUCUAUAUAGAUUAGCGAACAUUGAUUUCAGAAUGAACUGCACAAAAGUGUCUGAUUAAAAGUUCCUUCGCCUUUUGCUUGUUGAGUAUAAGCAGCUGCCCACGCGUUCUGAUAAAAGACAUUUACUUUAUACACGUGUACAAGACCAUGAAAAUAAAUGUAAUUGCUCUUUUCCACGAUCGAAAUAAAGGGUAUUCACAAGUA